CUGAGGAUCAUGAUGCCGCCCAAGUUCCAGCUCAUGGCUGUUCUGGCGUUUGGAGUGGCGAUGCUGUUUAUCGAGAACCAAAUUCAGGACCUGGAAGACUCUCGUGCAAAGCUGGUUUCCAAGUUUGAUCCAAGCUGUUUUCCCGUCGUCUUCUAAGCCAUCCAAGUCUUCCAAGUCUGUCAUGUCUUCACCCAGAACCCCCAGAUCCCUAGCCCGUCGUCCACGAUCUCCUGCAACACAAGGACAGUAUUAUUAUCCAGUUCAUCCAGUCAUCAAUCAAUACAUAUUCAUACUUACCUGUUUACUUGCAUGUGUGUGUCAAGAAACAUUGUUGAAGUUCUUACCCCUCGUCUGCCUAGUGGUUCUGUUACAGAAGUCAAGACCGCUACAAGAUGAGUGCGCCAGACCCAUUCCAGGAGAUCGUGGACACACUCAAAAGGGCUUUGACACCAGCACCCAGCACUACCCAUCAGAUUCCACCUCAGACCAUCAACAUCCGUGCUUCAGCGUCUGUCACCUGUCUCCCAUGGUCACACCAGCUCCCUUCUCUGGCCCAGCGGAGGAUUGCAACCGGUUUAUUCUCCAUUGCACCCUCUACAUGCAGCAUAACUCACACUUUUACCCCUCAGAAGCCACCAAGAUCUAUUUUGUCAUCUUCCUACUCACCGGAAAGGCUCUACAGUGGGCGGAUUCCCUCUGGUCCCAAGCCGGUCCACCUGUGCAGUCAUUAUCACAAUUCCUGCAACAUUUCCGUGAAGUCUUCGGGCGGAAGCACUGGAGACUCCUCUAACACACCAUGGCCAGACAUGAGGUGCGAGAAGUAAAGCAGAGACAGACGCGAGACAGCCUGCGGGACUUGCCAGCGUUGACUGAGAUUGAGGAUCUGUUCAUCAUCUAUAACCGUGUACCCAAGACUGCCAGCACCUCCUUUACCAACAUUGCAUAUGACCUGUGCGGAAAGAACCGUUUCCAUGUUCUCCAUAUCAACACCACUAAGAACAACCCAGUCAUGUCACUGCAGGACCAGAUGAGGUUUGUGAGGAAUGUGACAUCCUGGCGAGAAAUGAAACCAGGUUUCUACCACGGCCAUAUUGCCUACCUGGACUUCACAAAGUUUGGGGUCAAGGGAAAGCCAGUUUAUAUCAACAUUGUGCGAGACCCCAUCGAGAGGCUCGUGUCUUACUACUAUUUUCUCCGGUUUGGCGAUGAUUACCGACCCGGUCUCAGGAGAAGGAAGCAGGGAGACAAAAAGACAUUUGACGAGUGUGUGUCCUCUGGAGGUUCUGACUGUGGUCCUGAGAAGCUCUGGUUACAGAUUCCAUUCUUUUGUGGUCAUUACUCUGAGUGCUGGAACGUUGGCAGUAGGUGGGCUCUUGAACAGGCCAAGUAUAAUUUGGUGAACGAGUAUCUUCUGGUUGGAGUGACAGAAGAGUUGGAGGAUUUUAUCAUGAUGCUUGAGGCAGCACUGCCACGUUUCUUCAAAGGAGCUACUGAUCUCUACCGCACAGGUAAGAAGUCUCACCUAAGGAAAACUAGUGAGAAGAAACCCCCCACUAAAGAGUCCAUCUCAAAGUUACAGCAGUCCAAUAUUUGGAAGAUGGAGAACGAGCUCUACGAGUUUGCGCUGGAACAGUUUCAGUUUGUACGUGCUCACAGCGUCAGGGAAAAGGAUGGAGAACUCUACCUACUGGCUCAGAACUUCUUUUAUGAGAAGAUCUAUCCAAAAGGAAACUAAGAUGAAAAGACAUCAGUGUGACUGAAACCAUGUAUAACUGUACCAUUUGGCCUGGUAAUGUACUUUUCUGCCAUGCACUCAGCAGAGAAGAUAACGUCUAGUAUAUCGACACAAAUGUACAUCCUAGGAAGGGUCUUAUUAAAUUUAAGCAACUCUUAUGCAGUGCUGACUGGCUAUCAGGCCAAUUUGAGUUCAGUAUCCUUUUAAGGACUAUCACGUAACAAAGUAGAAACUUCUGUGAACAACUUGAAAGCAAAAUAAAAAAAGAGCCGUUUAAAAUUUUUAUCAUGCCUUCCAGAAGAUAAUGAGUCUGAACUGUUAGGCCAUCAGUCACUGUUAUGAAAGUUACAUUUUGAACCGGGUACUGCUCUUCGUACCAGACAUUUGGUACAUUAGAAGCACCUCUUUAUUUUACUACUAACCAUGGCUUUGUGAAUUUUCAACACUUUCUUCAUUGUGUAUAUUCAUUUUUAAUAGAAUGCCAUGCGCAGUGUUUACAAAUUUCAGUAAAAGUGUUGUAGCAAGAGGACAAAAUGUGGUCAAAUGGAUUUCAUAUCUGUAUAAAUUGUAUUUACAUAUAUUUUUUAUGUAAUUGGACCAAAUGGUUGUAAAAAAAUCUGAGAUGUAGAAUUUGACCGUUUACACUUAGAAUUACAAUUUAGAAAAUAUGUCUGUUUAGUAAUCCUCCUAGUAAUUUUUCAUUUUCAUUUGUCAUUUCUUUUUUUCUUGCAUCUGCCAGACUCAGAAAUACCAGAUUAAAGCAGUGCAAUGAACAGAAAUGGGUAAAUCAAGGGCAAGAGCUUGAAAUAUACUUAUAUUUCCCGUGUAUACAGCUGAUUUAUGUGUGUCAAUAACAUGACCUGAUUGGUCUGAAACAUGUUAUUUGACCAGCAACUACUAUAGUACAGUUUUAUCUUGUAGCAAAGUUCACGGUCAAGGUUACUUGGGCCGUUUCUCAAUAUGCGUUCUUCAGCGGUCUUGUGUUCUCACUCUACGUCAUCAAUAACCAUCAAAGUCCGUUCCAAUACUCAAGAACACAAGAAAAGUGAAUGCACGAAAGUACCAGGAUGUGUUCUCGAUAUCAAGGAUGCAUCAAAUGCAGCCUUGCGUGCCUACGGAACGUGCUUGAAUUCCCAGAAGUCACUGUGGUGCAUCCAUCAAAGUUCGUUCUUCCGAGGCUGCCACGCAAGACCGGUCUCCACGAGAACACAAGUCCGCUCUUUGCGUUCUUGGAAUUGAGAAACAGCCUUGGUCUCACUAGAGUACUGCCCUCUUAGCAUUCAUAAUUAGACCUCCUGUGAAUUGACUAAGCUUGUUGAUACUGUCAUAGUUAUGCUAUAGUAUGAGAAGACAUCAAGCCUCAUUAACAUCUAGCUUUGUCUUUAAAUGUAAAUGUCUUUUGGGUAACAUCAGUGCCUUCAUGAAUCUUUUCACCACACCAUGGAUUUGGACACUGUCUGUAUUUUUAGUUGUCUGUUUUAGUUUUUUAAACAGCCAGCUUGAUUUUGUAUUUGCUUUGUACCAGUCAUUCAGUUUUUUGUUCUAAAUGGUUUCACAAUAUUUCAAAUAAACAUUGCUGUCUGUGA